AUGGCCCCCAAGACCACUCCCCUCCUCCUCCUCCUCGCCCUCGGCGCCGCCAACCUCGCGUCCGCCCACUUCGGCCUCGCCUACCCCGAAUGGCGCGCCGACACCCUCAAGGGGACCAACGAGACGGGUUACUCGCAGUGGCAAUACCCAUGCGCCGGCGUCCCCUACGGCGCGGGCAACACCACCGACUGGCCCCUCGACGGCGGCUCCAUCGAGCUCGACCUGCACCACGACUGGACCUACGUCUUCAUCAACCUCGGCAUCGAGUCCGGCGGCAACGUCACCACCCACAACAUCACCCUCACCCCGCAGUUCUGGAACGCCACCGGCUCCGGCGUCCUCUGCGUCGAGAAGCUGAACCUGAGCACCCCCGCGACCGAGGGGCAGAGGGGCAGUAUCCAGGUCGUGACUGUUGGUGAAUCUGGUUCGGGUUUGUACAACUGCGCCGACAUCCGCUUUACCGCGAACGCAACCACCCUCUCCUCCGACAAGUGCAAGACACAAGGCGUCGAGGUCUACCCCGUCAAGGAACAGAACGCAAACGGCACGGUCGAGGAGGGCGGCGGCGGCAACGCGAGCAACUCCACCUCCGGCGGCGGCGGUACCAGCGGCGCGUCCGGCCGCGGCGCGCACGUCGCCGCGUUGACCUCCGUCGUGGGACUCAGCAUGGCCUUCGUCUUCGGCUUGAGCUUGUGA